UGGCAAGUUGUUGGGCAUGGAUCUGUGUAAGAGUGGCGACCAUCCUGUUGCACCUGAUCAGAAGUAUCCCUACAAUAAAAGUUAUUUUACAUGGGGAGAGCUCAGAUGCCUAGCGCGCUGCCUGGGGUUUCAAGAUUUUCUAUUCAAAAAAUUUACUCCCAAGGAAUACCAACUGACAGAAGGACUGCCAGACAACGUAUUAUUCUCUCAAAUCGAUCUAAAGGCAUAUGAUCCUGCACUCCAUCAAACGGUCAACAACCACAAUGCCGAGUACAAUAGAAAAGUAUUGAGAAAAGCGGCUCGGAUGCUCAGAGGCAGAAAAAUAACGUUUGCCACCCUUCGAGAUGCUCGUGUGGCUUUCUUCCUCUACGAAUCAGAAAACAUGUCAGGAAUCAAAGCAGACGAGAAAAUAUUGCUAAGAGCUCUCAAACUCUGCAAUCAUAUUGCUUCUCCUCUGCAUCUCACAUACGAGGUACGUCACAUGAAGGACCUUCACAUUACAGGAAGUCUGCAACUCUACGAAUUCUUGGAUCUCGUUCUAAUAUGCCGUUUAAUCGAUGACCAAAAAUUGGCAAAUUCGAGUGGCUCUGUAAGCCAAUGGUCAAGAAAGAAUGAGUUGUACAAGAUGGAUGACUUUGAAGACAUUUUCAUUACAGAAGAAGAACGGAUGAUCAAUUAUUUGGAUAAGCAAUUUCAAGUGUGUCUGUCCAUUUUUCGCCCUCAAAGAGACCUGCCUGCUCUUCUCCCCAACCCAAUGGAAGCAACAUCAGUAAGCGGCGACACAAGGAGAGAAAUGGCAGCUGCCGCUCGUCUAGCAGCGAAACCGUUGCGACCUGCCGUUCGGGUUUCGAACCGCAAGGUCGAGUCAAUGAGGCACUCGCGCACUUCUAGAGACUGUUGCUCGCCUUGUCCUCCGGUGGUAUCUGUUGAGGAUGCAACGGGUGGAAAUAGAAGACAUAGGAAUGGAGAUGAAGACUGUCGGGUUGGUGAUGACAUCAGAGGGCGAGAUAUUCCUGUCUCGCAGUGGCACUGCCAACCGGUCGUAUCCCAAAAUGAGAUCGACGAGCACAGAAUCCUGAUGGAGUCAUUGGAAUGGGACCUAAUGCUCAAGGAACAAUCAGGCCAUGUAUUUGAGGAAGCAAAGGUAACUGUGUAGCCACGCAUGCGUGGGUGUGUAUUGCGCACUGUCUGAUGUCACCUAACUACAACAGAAUGAUUAUUUUAGGACAGAUAUGUAUUGCAUGUAUAUACAAAUAAAUAAUA